UUUUCUUCAUUUCCUGUUUAACGCUUUUUAAUUAAUUCUUUUUCUAACAAACAAUGUCGUGAUUUUUUUUAAAAAUAAUGUCAUGAAUUUGACAUUAAAAAUUUUAUAAAAAUCAAAUUCGUGCGUGAGGCACGAGUGAAAUAUUAUUUUUAUAGUUAAAAAAACUACUUGGCAGAUGGCUAUGGCAUCCACAUACAUACAUAGACAUAUAUAUGCAUGUACACACCACAACAUUCAUACACGCACUCUUCCUAUAAUUCCAUCCUUUCUGCACAAUAAAUGAAACCAAAUCAAACAAAAUCACACCGGAUUGUCAGCUAUUUCAGUUUUUAGCAAGAAUUUUCCUUCAGAAGAGCAAUUGCCCCAUCUCAUUUAACAAAAUCUAAUUUUCUCUCCCAAUUUCUUUGUUAAACCCUCAUUUCUCAACUACUGUAGUGGUCCGAUCUGACCAUAAUUUGGUGCUUCCAUACAAUUACAAUACGCCUGCACGGAACCUGAUUUCGUGAGCUUUCCACAACCACUUGAAUUAAGGCAGAGGUGCAUUUGGAUGAUUGAAUUGGCAUCACUAUAGCAUAGCAUACUUUGCUCCAAUACACCCUGAGGCAUGUCGGCUGUUGAUAUAUCCAAAUAUGAACAUAGUCCUGUCCAUAAGGCCAUCAUUUUGAAGGAUUAUGCUGGUCUCAGAAGAAUUAUUGCAGGUCUUCCCCAACUUGCUGACCCAUCUGAGAUCCAUACAGAAUCAGUUUCAAUUGCAGAAGAAGCUAAAGCUGAGGCAAUAGCUGCUGUAAUUGAUCGACGUGAUGUCCCUAGCCGAGAAACUCCACUUCAUUUGGCUGUUAAAUAUCGUGAUGAGACUGCCACAGAGAUGCUUAUGCUUGCCGGAGCAGAUUGGAGCUUGCAAAAUGAGCAGGGUUGGAGUGCAUUACAGGAAGCAAUCUGUAAUAGAGAAGAAGGGAUUGCAAAAAUCAUAGUUAGGCAUUACCAGCCACUGGCCUGGGCAAAAUGGUGCAGAAGGCUGCCUCGGUUAAUCGGGACAAUGCGAAGGAUGAGAGAUUUUUAUAUGGAAAUCACAUUUCAUUUUGAGAGCUCAGUUAUCCCUUUCAUAUCCAGAAUUGCCCCUUCUGAUACUUACAAGAUUUGGAAGAGGGGUGCAAAUUUGAGGGCCGAUAUGACUUUGGCUGGUUUUGAUGGUUUCAGAAUACAACGUUCUGACCAGAGUAUUCUUUUCCUUGGUGAUGGCUCGGAGGAUGGUCAAGUUCCUCCAGGUUCACUAUGCAUGAUUUCACACAAAGACAAAGAGGUUAUGAAUGCUUUGGAUGGUGCUGGUGCUCCAGCAACUGAUGCAGAAGUGCAGCAAGAAGUUACUGCAAUGUCUCAGACCAAUAUAUUCAGGCCUGGAAUUGACGUGACCCAAGCAGUUCUUUUACCUCAAACAACAUGGAGGAGAGUGGAGAAAACAGAAAUGGUGGGUCCCUGGAAAGCUAAAGUUUAUGAUAUGCACAAUGUGGUUGUUAGUAUCAAAUCAAGGAAGGUGCCAGGGGCCAUGACAGAUGAUGAAUUAUUUAGUUCUUCUUGCAAUGAGAACGAAACAGAGAAUGAGCUUGAUGAUGUCUUGACAGAGGAAGAAAGAAGGCAACUUGAGGUUGCUCUUAAGAUGGACUCAUCAGAUUUGAGCAAUGAAAAUGGUGAUGGCAUCAUUCCACACCGUCAUAGUUGUUAUGACCACAGGGAUAUUUCCAUUGAGGACAUAGACGGUUGUAGGAAUGGAGAAGUUAAGCAAGAAAAAAAAGGAUGGUUCAAUGGAUGGAGGAGAAGGGAAAAUAAGCAAGACGAUGAGAAAAAAGUUGCUCCGCCUAGAAGCUCUUUGUGUGUGGAAGAAAAAGGCAGUGAUUUUCUAGAGGACUCUCCUAGAAGUCAGAAUAGGCCAGGUCGGCACUCAGUCGAAGUGGUUGUGAAACGGGAUGAGCAUCGGAGAGGAAAAGACACUAAAGCUUCUUCAUCAACAAGUAUUGACAGUGGAAAUCGAAGAAAGGAUGCAAGUCGGGAGAAUGAGUAUAAAAAAGGUUUAAGGCCUGUUCUUUGGCUUUCUCCUGAUUUUCCAUUACGAACUGAAGAACUCCUGCCACUGCUUGACAUUUUGGCUAACAAAGUCAAAGCUAUACGGAGAUUAAGGGAGUUAUUCACUACGAAACUGCCAAAGGGGACCUUUCCUGUAAAGGUUGCUAUUCCAGUGGUUCCCACUAUAAGAGUGAUAGUUACAUUUACAAAGUUCGAGGAGUUGCAGCCGCUAGAUGAGUUUUCAACUCCACCUUCGAGCCCAACUGGUGUUGGCAAGGAGAGCCCUGCUAUGGUUCAAUCUUCAAGUUCGUCUUGGUUCCAGUGGAUAAAAUCUCCUUAUCAACGACCCAGUUCCUCUACGGGUGGCUCUAGCAGCAGGAUUGAUAAUAUUCAAGAUCCAUUUGCAAUCCCUUCCGAGUAUUCAUGGAUCACCGCUGAAGCAAAGAAGAAAAAGAUGCAGGAAAGGAGCAAAUCUAAGAAAUCAAAAGGUCAAAAGUAGUUUUUCUUCACAAUGUGGGAUAGAUCUUGCUGAAUCUCCAGUUCAGUUACUUAGACGAACAACAGGUUGCAUCGGGGUAAGACGUGGUAAGAAUAUCAUUGUGGGUUGUUUGAAUAGUUCGACUCUGGUAUAUCAUUGUGGGGGGUUUAUAGAAGUAUGAAUCUGUGAUUCUUGUAACCAUAAAAAGACCGAUGUUUCAUGUUUGGGCGGACAGUCUACCAUUCUCGUCUGGCACGACUUUCUUCUCGAUCCAUGAACUUCAGUUGAGCAUCUUUACUAACAGAUUGAAGGAUACUGUAUAUUCGUUGAUUCUAUCACCAUAAUUUCUUUAAUUGUUUCCAUGCAGUGUGAGCAAUCAGUACUGUAAUUUCUAUUUAAAGAAAGUGAACAGCCAGUUGUUAUUUGUUGAAUGGAAUUUCAGUUUGCUUCA